UCCUUUGCCCGAAGCUCAGAGUCAUCUCUCCGCUGCUUCUGUCUCCCUCGCCCAUGGCGCGGCGAUCGCAUCUCACGGAGGUGGGGUGUAUCGCCUGCGACGAGCUGGAGGAGCUGGGCGCCGGCCAGCGGGAGGGGUGGCUCGACGACCCCUCCCUUCUCGCCGCCCUCCACCCCCACGCCCUCGCCCUGGCCCACGCCGCCCGCUCCCUCGUCCUUGUCCUCAGCUGGGACCCUGACCCCUCCUCCCCCCGCCACUCCGUCAAGAUCCGCCCCUCCCUCGCCGCCGACGAUGGCCACAUCUCCGCCCUCGAGUGGCUUCCCUUCGGCGACCUCCUCGCCCUUGCCCUCGGCACCUCCGCUGGCCUCCUCCUCGUUUACUCCCGGACCGGCGAUCUCGUCCACAAGCAGAUUCUACACCCUGGACGUGUUAUGAGGAUGAGAUUUCGUGAAACUAAGGGUGUUUUUUCUCAAGAUUCGGCAGCUUCCGAGGAGCUUUGUGUUGUCCUGCCCGGGGCAAUUGCUCGAUUCGAUGGCUCAGACAUCCAGAGUUCGCUUCGAAGAUGGUUUCAAGAAGAAGGGUUGCGAGUCUGGGAAAAUAGGUUUCAGAACAGAGAGGCAGAGGAUGAGAAUUCCUAUCGGAGGAUACCAUUUCAGCUAUGGAAUGUCAGCAAGUUUGGGCCUUGUGCUGAUGCUGCUAUCACAGGGUUGAUGCCCCCUCCACUUUUGGAGGGCCAGUCAAGUCAGUUUUACUACUGUGCAGUUACAAUCGGAGAGGAUGCUGUGAUAUCAGCAUAUAGGCUUUCAGAGGAUAGGAGCAGGUCCUUAGUUGGAGCUAUCCUGUCAAAGGUUGUGCCUGCAACAAUUUCGACCCUAUCAUCAUUUUCCAAAAUGAUAUGGUGGAGUGAGCAAACCUCAACAAAGAAGCCCCACACGAAACCCCAGCCAUUUGCUAAAGCAUUGCCUUUAACAUGUUUGAAGGAUCCCCCAAGAAAGGGAGAGAAGCUCACACUAUCCCCGGGUGGUACAUUGGCUGCCAUAACAGAUUCUCUUGGUCGUAUUCUGCUACUUGAUACCAAGGCACUUGUUGUUGUGCGACUGUGGAAGGGGUAUCGUGAUGCAUGCUGUCUGUUCAUGGAGAUGCUAGUAAGCAGAGAUAAAGCAUCAAGUUCCACUUACCAUGAACAUACAAAAAAUGACUAUUGCUUGUGUCUAGCAAUUCAUGCACCUCGCAAAGGGAUAAUUGAGAUCUGGAAGAUGCGAACUGGGCCACGUGUCCUUGCAAUCCAGUGUCCAAAAGGAAGUAAAAUUUUGCAGCCAUCAACUAGGUUUGAAUCAUCAACCUCAUCAUACAUCCCUCUGGAAGUUUUCCUAUUGAAUGGAGAUUCUGGACAGUUAUCUGUUUUGCAUGGAUCGAUUGGUUGAAAAUAAUUGUAUACUAUCAUUUAACCAGGUUGGUUUUUCCAGUUAUGAUGUUUAUAGCUGAUGAUUGUAUAUCUCAUUUACAAUUAUCUGAUCUUAUUCAAAUUGUCAAUUAAAUGUCAAUCGCAUUGCAAAAGCUUUG